UGCGCAGGAUGCUUCGUUGUGCGUUGAGGACGCAGCCCUUUUGGCCGCAUCGCUUCUCGAUGUCCCGUUGCACAGCGACACGGGAUUUGAGUACGUCUUUAAGCAGUUUGAAACACUGCGACGUGAUCGUGCAGAGCGUUAUAUUCGCCAAUCACGUCGGGCCCGCCGCUUCACUAGUUUGUCGUACUCAACGGUGCGGGAUGCGAUGUUGAGGGCGACUCCUUCCGUGGCGCUGAUGUGGUUUCAGAGGUGGCUGUCAAACUGGAGGUACAACUCGCAGCAGCUGGAGGUGGAUCCCAAAAUAAAGGCAGAGACGGCUUUCAGGGGCUGA